CACAUGCGCCAAAGCGCACUGCCACAGUCUGCCGUCUGUUUCGGUCCUGUCCGAUUCCAAAGUUAAUGAGAGUUUUACAUAUUUUAGGUAAAACUCGUUUGCUCCAUUUUCGUGUUAUAGUUGCUGUGUUAGCCGUAGCAGUUGUGCUAUGCCUAUCCUGGAAUUUUAAAUUAAAAACGCCCACCACUUUUACAGCAGACUCAAUGAGUGACCGGACGCUGGAAUAUUUUGUCAGUGAGGGGAAGAUAGAGGAGCGGGAUGCUGCGGAUGUGUUGUGGUCCCACGCAGCCAACAGCAGGGCCAAGAUUGCUGCGGCGCUGACUGGUCCUGCCCACAUGAUUGAGGCUGACGUACUGAUGAGGGGAGGUGACCCCAGAGAACCAAUCAUGGCUCACCCCCCAGAAACUGACAGUGACAUCACGCUGCAUGAUUGGCUGAAGCAGGUUGCAGCCUCAAACAAAGGGAUCAAACUAGAUUUCAAAAGUCUCCAGGCUGUGGCUCCCUCCAUGGUGUUGCUACAACAAGUCCAGCUUCGCGGCCCGGUGUGGAUCAACGCUGACAUCCUCCCUGGGCCUGGGGGACAGGCCCCCCCCCUGGACCCCCAGGUCUUCCUGGGUGCUGUGGGCUCGGUAUCGCCACACUAUGUCCUCUCACUGGGCUGGACCACAGGCUGGGUGGCUGGUACAGAUAACCCAGGGUACAGUUGGGAGAUGGUGCGCCGCAUGGAAGAGGUGUGUGGGGACCUCAAGCAGCCGGUCACCUUCCCGGUGAGGGCUGCCCUCUUGCCCCAGUCUGCCUCCCAGCUGCACUGGCUCCUGCAGAAGUCAGACAGGUACAGUCUCACAGUGUGGACAGGCCAGACUGAUGAGAUUCAAGUCAACAACUUACUCACCUACAGGAAGAAGUUUGAAAAGAGCCAGAUAUACUACGACCUUCUGGAUGUUCAAAGGUCAGAGUUCAGGGCAUUGCCAGGCUACUACUAAUAAUCCCAUUUUGUAGAGGAAAGACUGAAAUUACCGUUGCUAAGAGAAAUACUGGUUGUCAACAGACUUGACGCGACCGAGCCAACAAUGUCUAUAGAGAAAAAUGAGUCACAGCCUCCAGGGCCACGGGAAAUAGCUGGAGAAACACAUUCAGGCCAUGUAGGACAGUGAUGUUGCUAUUAGCAACUCCUGUGUUGCAGCCACAGUCACAAUGAGGGAGAAUGUUUCCAUUUAAAAAAGAUGUUUCACCUUGAAAAGUUUGGUCAAAUGAAUUCAGUUUAUUAAAGCAAAGAUGCACAAAAGGAAGGUUCUGUUGUUACAGCUGAUGAGAGUUAUAUCACAGCCAGAAUCAUGUAUGGUUCAGCUCUGGGUGAAAAACAAAAAAAUGUCUGUACUAUUAUACUUAAUAAUAAUAAUAAUAAUUAAUAAGA